AUUAAACUAUUCCAGUCUGAAUCUCUUUUACUUAAAACGAUCUGGUGUUUUAUAUUUGAGUUGUUUUUAGACUGCACUACUCAUCUCUUCCCGCCAUUCCUUCCGUCUCUUUCUCUAUAUUUUGGACGUGCAGGAGUUGUCUGAAAAUUAUUCACCUAUUUAAAUUAUUUGUUUUGUAAAGUCAUCAUUUACUUUUACUUUUUGUGCUUUGUAAAAUUUCUGAAAUAUGUUGGAUCAGGGUGAUGGAGUUCCUACUUUCAAGUGUGUUCUCGUUGGAGAUGGAGGUACUGGAAAAACAACUUUUGUUAAACGUCACGUAACUGGUGAAUUUGAGAAAAAAUAUGUUGCCACACUUGGGGUUGAAGUGCAUCCUCUAGUGUUUCAUACUAAUAGAGGAGCAAUUAGAUUUAAUGUCUGGGACACUGCUGGUCAGGAAAAAUUUGGUGGACUACGUGAUGGCUAUUACAUUCAAGGUCAGUGUGCCAUCAUCAUGUUUGAUGUUACUUCAAGAGUCACCUACAAAAAUGUACCUAACUGGCACAGAGAUUUAGUCAGAGUGUGUGAAAACAUUCCAAUUGUUCUUUGCGGCAAUAAAGUUGAUGUAAAAGAUAGAAAAGUUAAAGCAAAGUCUAUUGUAUUCCACCGAAAAAAGAAUUUACAGUACUAUGACAUUAGUGCCAAGAGUAAUUACAACUUUGAGAAGCCUUUCUUAUGGUUGGCAAGGAAGUUGAUUGGAGACCCUAAUCUAGAGUUCGUUGCUAUGCCUGCUUUGGCUCCACCAGAAGUAACUAUGGAUCCUGAAUGGCAAGCUAAGUUAGAGAAUGACAUGAAGGAAGCCCAAAACACCUCACUCCCGGAUGAAGAUGAUGAUGAUCUUUGAAUUACAGCUGUUUCAAUUUUAUGAAAAAAUGACGUUAAACAUUAACACUUGCACUUUAAAUAAACAUUUGUUAGCUCCAACUGGGGCAUAAUUUUGUACAGUUUGUAGCUUUUAUCAGUUUUUCCCCCCUUCAUUCUGGAUUGAGAAUAUAUUAAUGAAUAUUUGAAUGUUCCGGAAAUGUGUACAUCUGAUCUGGUGCCUGACAUUUAUUUUAAUAUUUUGAGUGCAUGUAUAUGCUCUGAAUGAUUGGCCACUAGAAUGUUUUUAGCAGAUGUAUGAUCAAAUAGCUAAUGUGGUUAUAUAAAUUCUCUACUUUCAAAAGCCAUUUGUGAGUUGCUCAUUGUGAUUGUUCUUUGCUUGUAUGAAACAGUUUGUUAUUAAAAUUGAUCUGUCUGGA